AUGCCUACAUAUGCAAAGUUCCUAAAAGAUGUGCUCUCCAAGAAGAAGAGGUGGACUGACUAUGAGACGGUGAACAUAUCUGAAAACUGUAGUGCCAUAAUUCAGAAAAAGCUACCGACCAAACUUAAAGAUCCUGGCAGUUUCAACAUCUCAUGCGUCAUUGGAAAUGACAGACAGACAAAGGCACUUUGUGAUCUGGGGGCGAGCAUAAAUUUGAUGCCAUUAUCGUUUUUCAGAAAGAUGAAGAUCGGCACUCUCAAGCCGACAACAAUCACACUGCAGAUGACAGAUAGAACCGUCACCUAUCCUAAAGGAAUUGUUGAGGACGUUCUUGUGAUGGUACACGACUUCAUAUUUCCCGUCAAUUUUGUAGUGUUGGAUAUGGAAGAAGACGUGAAUGUACCGCUUAUCCUGGGGCGUCCAUUCCUUGCAAUGGGAAAAGCAUUGAUAGAUAUAGCAAAAGGAGAGCUCACUCUUCAUAUGGGCAACAAACGCCACAUCUUAUCUAUCUACAAUGCUAUGAAGAGUCGUGAGGAAGAGGAACUUGUUAUGAAGAAUGAGUGCAAAGUUGUGCAUGUUGUAGAGGUUCAAAAGGCACAAGAAAUUGAGUCCACAUUUGGGGAUUUUUCUUUGCUGUAG